CUGCCGCCGUCCUCUUAAUUGCUGUCAACGCACCUUGCCCUGGCCUUCAUCGGCAGCCGGUCAUCAGAGUAUCAGACACACACAUGACGCGCGCUCUAGCCUCUACUCCAUGGAUGCAUGACCUGCUUGCAUUGCAUCCGGAGAUCUGCUGAUCAACUAUCGACUGGUGGGGCUGGCAAUGGCGGACGAGACGGGUAGGACUGUAGGAGCUAGGGGACGACGAGGCAGGAUGGGAAGGGGAGGCAAUCCGCCGACGAGAGAUGGGUUAUCAGUGGCCCUCUGAACUGAAUACGAGACAGUUGCAGUAGCGGUUUUGUUUUCAGUUCAGAACUCUGCCUGAUCAGCAAAGCUCCGUUCAGGUGUAUCCCUUUGCGUACUACCAGGCGGAUGCAAUCUCGAAGCAAGCACACAGCCCUCCGAAGCCAGAGUGCAGACUACUCCACCAAGCACGCGAGAUCGGAAGCAAACAAAGCUUCGUCGUCGUCGUUCCCCUUUCCUCGCGUCCUAAGCAACCCAAACAAAUUCCGCCCUCGGAUUCGAUGGAGAGUCAAGUGAGAGCAAGCUGCUGCCCAUCCUAGCUGCUUGAAUUGUCCUGUUUCGUCGCGAGCGCAGCUUGAGAUCAGGCACGGUGAGAGCAGCCGCCGCCAUGGAUCAGUGCGACCCCCACGGCAACGGGAAGACGAAGCCGCCGCCGCCGAGGCGCCGGGGGUGGUGGCAGUGCAGCACGACGGCGGUCACGCUGCUCAUGUUCCUGCUCACCAACACCGUCUCCAUCGUCGUCUCCUCGGGCGCCGGGCCCUCCCUCCUCCGCCGCUACCGGCCUGCCACCCUCCGCCUCUGGGACGGCUCCGCGGCGCUGCUCGCCGACCUCACCGCCACGCAGGCCGCGCUCGACGCCAGCCGCGCCGAGCUCGCGGGGCUCCACGCCCGCGUCGGCACCGCCAACGAGCUCCUCCGCACGCUCCUCCACGCCAUGGCGGCGCCGGACGGCGCCGCCGCGGAGCAGCAGCGGGAGGAGCUCCUGGCGGCAGCCGGCGGGUGGAGGCGCGAGCUCGCCGGGGAGCUCAAGCUGGCCGUCGGGCCACUGCACUCGCUGACGAACGCCACCGGCGGCGACGAGGCGGCGGCCGUGUUCCCGGCUCUGGGCCACGCGUGCGUCCGCGUCCAGGACGACCUGGAGCGCUACAUGGCCUACACGCCCGGCGGGGAGUGCCCGGCCGACGAGGCGCUGGCGCACCGGCUCAUGCUCGGCGGCUGCGAGCCCCUGCCGCGACGCCGGUGCCGCGCGCCGUCGCCCAAGGGGUACGCGCACCCGCUGCCGCUGCCGGCGAGCCUCUGGGCCACGCCGCCGGACACCAGCGUCGUCUGGGACGCGUACCCGUGCAAGAACUACUCGUGCCUGCAGCAGGCGAGCACCUCCUCCUCACCCGGCGUGGCCGGCUGCGACGGCUGCUUCGACCUGCGCAAGGCCCGGUGGGCGCGCGACGACGGCGCGCUGUCCUACUCCAUCGCCGCCGUGCUCGCGGCCCGGCCCAGCGGCACGGUGCGCGUCGGCCUGGACCUCGGCAGCGGCGGCGGCACGUUCGCGGCGCGGAUGCUGGAGCGCGGGGUGACCGUGGUGACCGCGGCCGUGAGCGCCGGCGCGCCGCUCAACAGCUUCAUCGCGUCGCGGGGGCUCGUCUCCGUGCACGUCACCGCCGCGCACCGGCUCCCCUUCUUCGACCGCGCGCUCGACGUCGUGCGCGCGAGGGCGGGUGGCCUCGGCGGCGGCGUGAUGCUGGAGUUCGCGCUGUUCGACGUCUACAGGGUGCUGAGGCCCGGCGGCCUCCUCUGGCUGGACCAGUUCCCCUGCCCCCGCGCGCAGGUCAACGCGACGCUCGCGCCGAUGCUCGGUCGCGUCGGGUUCAAGAAGCUCCGGUGGAACACCGGCCCGGGGAAGGAGAAGAACCAGUGGUACGUCUCGGCGCUGUUGGAGAAGCCCAUGGCAUAAGGAAUUUGUGGUUGUCAUAAUCCUAUUAUGUAAUCUUGAUUUCUCCUUGUCUCUCACACUUUGCACGAAAUCAUAUUGUUCUCUUCA